AUGCUCGACAGUCCCAGGAAGCACAGAUCGAGGGAGCGGGAGGUAUGGCGCGUGAAAGGCAGCUGGAAGAUACGUAUAAAGUCUGCGAUCAAAGCGAGUUCUCCAUCUUCUAUCCUCAAAGCCACCCCUCGACCUCCACCAUCCUGCAAAGCAUCGGCCGCCGUUCACGUUUCUUUGCAAUUACUUCAAGCUCGGCAGUCGCCAUCUACUGUCACCAUUGUUACCCUCUUCCUCCGGCAGCAGAGCCCUCUCAAUCGAAAGAGUCCGUUCUACAGCGACCGCCGCUUGAUGACCAGGGCCGUUGCAUACGCCAGGAUAACCAGCAAGGACUACCUUCUGUACAUCCUGCGAAGCAUCAGCCGCCUGUCACGCUUUGUCUACGUUAAGCUCAACGUUCGUUAUCUCGACUGUCUCCUUGUUGACAUCUUCCUCCUGUUUGCUGUACCAAGGCUGCUCGAACCGAUUGCUCUCAUACGCCGCCAUAACUCAAGGAACGCCUUCGCUACCCUUCAGGUCUCCCUUCCAACGCUCCUCCGCCAUGUCCAGUAA